UACCAGUGAUCGAAAAUUUUCCAUUCCAGUCGGCCAAGAUGUCAUCUUCUAUGGUUGUUUACUCUCGAUUAGCAUCCUCAUCAAGGAUCCCGUCGUUCGAAUUUGUAUCUGGACCAACCGCAAUUAAUCGCUCUUCAGUGCGCUACCACUGUCGUUCACACACCUUUGGCAGCUUAAGAUUUGGAUGUGACGCUAUUAAAAUCGGAGCUUCUUCAAGAAGGAUUCGUUCUACAGGAUGCUUUGCUGCAUUAAAUCCUGAGUUGAAAACAACUUUGGAUAAAGUUGUUACAUCACACAAGGUCAUUCUUUUCAUGAAGGGAACCAAGGACUUCCCACAAUGUGGAUUCUCAAACACAGUUGUGCAGAUUUUGAGGACAGUCAAUGUACCUUUUGAAACAAUCAACAUUUUGGACAAUGAAAUGUUGCGACAAGGGUUGAAGGAAUAUUCUCAGUGGCCAACAUUUCCACAACUCUACAUUGAUGGGGAGUUCUUUGGGGGUUGUGACAUAGCCGUUGAUGCAUACAAGAGCGGAGAGUUGCAGGAAUUAUUGGAGAAGACAUUAUGCUCGUGAUUGAUUCAAGUUUGUAAUAUGUCAUAUUUCCAUGCCUUGUGUAUUCGAGUUUUCAGCAGCUCGAUAGAGGUUAUGUAAGUUGUACUUAUGAAACAAAAUGGAUAUUUAUUUGUCUUUAGGUAAUAUAUUUAUAUGGAGAAAAGAUGCAUCCAGAGACC